AUGUCAUCUUCACCUAUUUUUACAGCUCUAUCAGAUCUGACUAGUAAUCGAAACUUAGAUAAUUAUGAUCCUCAUCUUUGUAAAGAUAUUCAUAUUAAACUCGAUCAAGAAGCACGCGAACAAGGUUUAAGUUAUGAAGAACGUUUCGACAUGGCUAAAAAAAAUUUGACAGUUUUCGAUAAAUGGUCAUCAAUAUUUCCAGUUGGUAUAUCUCAAUGUCUCAAAGAAUAUUGGAAAGAACGUGUAAGUUCAGCUCCACUUGAUCCACGUUUUCCAAAUGUAAAUCAAACAAAACGUUGCUGGAUAAAUUAUGUUGAUUAUCAUCGAUGUAUGGAACAGAAAAAUGAUGAGAAAAUUUGUGGAUAUUUUAAACAUCUGUAUAAAGAUUUUUGUCCAGAAGAAUGGGUCAAUAAAUGGGAUGAUCAAGUAGAACGUGAAGUAUUUCCGGGUAUUCAUGAUUAA